CUGGAGUCAGGGGCCCCCACAGGCCUGGAGUCAGGGGCCCCCACAGGCCUGGAGUCAGGGGCCCCCACAGGCCUGGAGUCAGGGGCCUUGUUGGGGCUCGGGCCCUGGAGCCGGGUUCCUCCCGGUGUAGUGAUGGCUGUUUGUGUGUGUGCAGGGCAGUGCAAACCGGGCAGCCACUCGCUGAACGGGCUGGAGAUCUGCGAGUCCUGCCCGCUGGGCCAUUUCCAGCCGGCCUUCGGGGCCCGAGAGUGCCUGCUCUGCCCGGGGGAGACCUCCACCGUCACCAGGGGCGCCGUGGACCCGGCCGAGUGCGGAGUCCCGUGCGCGGCGGGCCACUUUUCCCGCACCGGGCUGGUGCCCUGCUACCCGUGCCCCCGGGACUAUUACCAGCCCGAGCACGGCCGCUCCUACUGCCUGUCCUGCCCCUUCUACGGGACCACCACCGUCACCGGGGCCACCUCCAUCCAGCACUGCUCCAGUAGCUUCCUCCCAAAGGAGGAGAGCGUGACGGCGGCCCCGGAGGUGGAGGUCAGCCAGGACUACCAGGCCAGCAGCCAGGUUUUCCACGAGUGCUUCCUGAACCCGUGCCAGAAUAAAGGGACGUGUGAGGAGGUGGGGGCCGGGUACGUCUGCACCUGUGCAGCCGGGUUCACAGGAGCCAAAUGUGAGGUGGACAUAAACGAGUGUGACUCCGCCCCCUGCCAGAACGGCGGCCUGUGCCAGGACGGGAUGGGCAGCUUCCAGUGCCAGUGCCAGCCGGGCUUUCUGGGCGGGCGGCUUCGGCUGUGCCUGUGCCCCCGGGUUCUCGGGUCCUCGCUGCCAGGUCGACUCAGACGAGUGCCUCAGCGCGCCCUGCCUCCACGGGGGGUCCUGCCGGGACGGGGUCAACAGCUUCAGCCUUUCCUGACUUGUUUCUGGUUCCCGUCUCCUGCAGAGAUGUCUUCCGCCUUCAACCUGGACUUCGAGGUGUCCGGUAUCCACGGUUACGUGAUGAUGGACGGCGCCAUGCCGGCGCUCACGGAGAUCACCUGCACCUUCUGGAUGCGGUCGUUGGACACCACGAACUACGGCACGCCGCUCUGGGUGCUGUACGUUAACGGUAAGGAGCGGAUCACGGACUGCCCGGCGGUGAACACGGGCCAGUGGCAGCACAUCGGCGUGUCCUGGCGCAGCUGGGACGGGGACUGGAGGAUCUUCAUCAACGGGAAGCCCUCGGACGGCGGCAAGGGCCUGUCGGUGGGCACCACCAUCCCAGAGAUGUCUUCCGCCUUCAACCUGGACUUCGAGGUGUCCGGUAUCCAUGGUUACGUGAUGAUGGACGGCGCCAUGCCGGCGCUCACGGAGAUCACCUGCACCUUCUGGAUGCGGUCGUCGGACACCACGAACUACGGCACGCCGCUCUGGGUGCUGUACGUUAACGGUAAGGAGCGGAUCACGGACUGCCCGGCGGUGAACACGGGCCAGUGGCAGCACAUCGGCGUGUCCUGGCGCAGCUGGGACGGGGACUGGAGGAUCUUCAUCAACGGGAAGCCCUCGGACGGCGGCAAGGGCCUGUCGCAGCGGCUCCCCCACCAGGUAGAAGCCCGGGUCGCAGGACAGCUGCACCUGGGCGCCGGGGCCCACCUCCACGGAGGAAACGUGCAGGUGGGGCGCCGCGUCCUGCAGCCGCGGGCAGUCUGCGCAACAGAGAGCCCCGGUUACCAACGGUUACGCUCGGUUAACCCCUGGUUACCCCUGAAGAUGCUGCUGAGGUUGACGCGGACUCGGCCCACCACCCCGCUCAGGAAGUCGGGCCAGGCCAGGACGUUUCCCCGCCUUUUCCUUUACCUGCUGUGGUGUGAGGACCCGGUCCCAGAUGUUGAGCUGGCUGAUGGACCCCACAAAGGACUCCACCGGGUUGAAGCCCUCGCCCCUCUUGUCCUGCUCCUGACCCAGGACCAGCGCCCCCCCGCCUGCGGGCACACGGAGGUUUACCAUAUCAAAGUCCUGGCCAGCAGCUGCCCGUCCUCCCAUGUGACCCACCGAGGAAACGUCCUGGCCUGGCCCGACUUCCUGAGCGGGGUGGUGGGCCGAGUCCGCGUCAACCUCAGCAGCAUCUUCUGCGCCGACUGCCCGCGGCUGCAGGACGCGGCGCCCCACCUGCACGUUUCCUCGGUGGAGGUGGGCCCCGGCGCCCAGGUGCAGCUGUCCUGCGACCCGGGCUUCUACCUGGUGGGGGAGCCGCUGCUGCAGUGCCAGAACAAAGGGGAGUGGAGCCACCCCAAUGGACUCUUCCGGGGUGAGGACUUCCAGGCCGGGGGCUCGGUGGAGUACGAGUGUGAUGCCGGCUUCUACCUGCUGGGCGACGCCCGGCUGCUCUGCGGAAACAGCGGCCAGUGGGGGGGGCACCCCCCCGCCUGCCUGGAUGUGGACGAGUGCGCGCUGGGGUCCGACUGCGACCCUCACGCCCGAUGUCAGAACACCGAGGGCUCCUACUCCUGCUCCUGCACCCCCCCCUACACCGGAGACGGCAAAAACUGCACAGAGCCGGUGCGGUGCCCGGACCCCGGCGCCCCUGAGUUCGGGCACCGGGCGGGCAGCAGCUUCCUGGUGGGCGGCGAGGUGGCGUUCGGCUGCGAGGUCAGAGGUCGCUACACCUUCUCCAGCCGGGUGACCUACGCCUGUAACGCGGGUUACCAGCUUCUGGGCCGGGCGGAGCGUGAGUGUCAGGCGAACCGUCAGUGGUCCGCGGCGCCCAGCUGCAAGGACGGCCGCUGGGAGCCGGGCCGGGCGCCGGGCCGGGCGCCAUUUUGCUCGCCGGCGCGCUGCCCGGAGCCGCCGCUGGAGGCGCGGCGCCUGGUUCUGCGGGCGCUGGACGCCGCGGCGGGCACGGUGGAGCUGAGCUGCGAGGAGGGCUUCGUGCUGCGCGGCGCCCGCUUCCUGCGCUGCACGCCGUCCCGCGAGUGGAACGCCACUUUCCCCGAGUGCCGCCCGGCGCUCUGCGGGCCGCCGCCGGAGGUGGCGUUCGCCACGGCGGUCGCCGCGGACGACGCCGCAACGCCCGACGCCGAUUCCGAUUCCCACGGCUCGCCGGCGUUCCCCGUGGGCGCCACGGUGACCUACGCCUGCAUGAGCGGCUUCUCCCUGCGCCCGGGCGCCGCGGCGACGGCGUCCUGCAUGGCGAGCGGCGCCUGGAGCUCGCCGCUGCCCGAGUGCGCGGCGGCCGAAUGCCCGCAGCCCGCGGAGGUGGCCGACGGCGUGGUGGACGUCCAGGGCCUCGCCUACCUGAGCCGGGCGCAGUACAGCUGCCGGCCCGGGUUCCGGUUGCUAGGCAACGCCACCAUGCUGUGCGGCGAGCGCGGGCAGUGGCUGGGCGCCGCGCCGACCUGCCGGCCCGUGGAGUGCCCGCCGCCCGCCGAAAUCCCCGCCGGAUCGGUCGCCUACACCAAGCUCCAGUUCGGCCACAGCGCCACCUACUCCUGUCGCCGCGGUUACCGUCUCCAGGGGGCGGGGACUGUGAGUUGCCGGGCCGACGGCGAGUGGGACGGCGCCCCGCCCGCCUGCCUGCCCAUCUCCUGCCCGCCGCCGCGGCCGCUGGCGAGCGGCUUCGUGGAGGGCCGGGACCACGGGUUCGGCGCCACCAUCUUCUACAGCUGUUUCCCCGGUUACCAGCUGGCGGGCGCCGACCACUUGACCUGCGAGGAGGCAGGCUGGUCGGGCGCCGCCCCCGCGUGCGUGCGCUCCGACUGCGGGCUGCCGCCGCACAUCGACUUCGGCGACUACCGGCGGGUGUCUGAGUCAACGGAUGGCGCCCGGCAGAAUGGCGCCCUGAUGGAUGGCGCCCGACAGGAUGGCGCCCAGAUGGAUGGCGCCUGGAAGAAUGGUGACCGGCUUGAUGGCGCCUGGCCAGAAGGCGGCCGUCCUGAUGGCGUCCAGCAGAAUGGCGCCUGGCAGAAUGGCGCCCAGACGGAUGGCGCCCGGAAGGAUGGCGCCCGUCCUGAUGGCGUCCAGCAGGAUGGCGCCCGGAUGGAUGGCGUCCAGCCGGAUGGCGUCCAGCAGGAUGGCGUCCAGCCGGAUGGCGUCCAGCCGGACCUGAGCUUCCUCCACGGGUCCCUGAUCGAGUACCGCUGUCACCGUGGUUACGAGCUGACCCGCCCCACCCUGCUGGCGUGCCAGGAGGACGGCGCCUGGAACGGGACGGCGCCGGCCUGCGUCCCCGUGGCGUGCGAGCCGCCGCCGCGCCCGGCGCACGGCGGGCUGAACCUGACCGCCAUCCCGCCGGUUGCCGUGGCGACCUACUGGUGCGAGGACGGCUACGAGCUGAACGGCGAGCGGGAGCGGCGCUGCGUUGCCGGGCGCCGCUGGUCGGGCGCCGCCCCCGUCUGCCGGCCCCGGGACUGCGGCGACCCGGGCGCCGUCGGCAACGCCACGGCAACCGGCGGGGACUUCUCCUACCCGGGCGCGGUGCACUACGAGUGCCACGCCGGCUUCGUCCUGCGGGGCGCCGACACCAUCGGUUGCCAGGCCGACGGGCGCUGGAGCGGCCCGCCGCCGCGCUGUGACAUCAUCAGCUGCGACCCGCCCGCCGACAUCAGCCACGGGUUCGUGAACGGGUCCAGCUUCGCCGUGGGCGCCGCCGUGGAGUACGUCUGUUUCCAGGGUUACCGGGUGUCCGGCGACCCCGUGCUGCGCUGCACGCCGUCGGGCGCCUGGGCGGGCGCCGUGCCGACCUGCGAGCCCUGCGUCUGCACGCCGCCGCUGCUGAGGCACGGCGCCGUGCUGGCCGGCGGCGAGCUGGGCGGCCAUCUUGGAGGUGGCGAGCUGGGUGGCGUGCUGGGUGGCGGUGGCGAGUUGACCGAUGGCGUGCUGGGUGGCGGUGGCGUGCUGAGAGGUGUUGAGCGUGGCGGCGUGCUGGGUGGUGGCGAGCUGGGCGGCCAUCUUGGCGGUGGCUUGCUGGGGGGCGAUGGCGUGCUGGGCGGCCAUCUUGGAGGUGGCAAGCUGGGUGGCGGCGAACGUGGCAGUGUGCCGGGCGAUGGCAAGCUGGAUGGCGAUGGCGACCUGGGCGGCCAUCUUGGCGGCGGCCAUCCUGGCGGUGGCGUGCUUGGCGGCCAUCUUGGAGGUGGCGAGCUGCCCUGCGGGACGGCGCUCCGUUUCCGCUGUGAUGAUGGCUUCCGGUUGCUGGGCCCCGCCCACUCCGUGUGCGGGGCGGGGGGGCUGUGGGCGCCGGGCGUGCCUCUGUGCGCCCGCGGUCGCUGUGGCGACGCCCCCCCGCCCGCCGUUGCCAACGGCGUCCUGCAGGGCGGCGCCAUUGGCGGCGGCGGGCUGCUGUACCGCUGCCGGCCCGGGUUCCGGCCCAGAGGCUCGCCGCUGGUGGCGUGCGGCCGCGACGGGCGGUGGGCGGAGCCUCGCCUCAGCUGCGAGGCGGCGAGCUGCGGACGCCCGCCGGAGGUGGCCAACGCCACGGCAACCGGGGACGCCUUCACCUUCCCCAACCAGGUCACCUACAGGUGUGAUGAUGGGUACGAGCUGGCCACGCCCUCCUCCUCCUUAUCCUGUCAGAGUGAUGGGACCUGGUCCCGGCUCACCGUGGCGUGCCGACCGGCGCCAUGCCGCCUCCCGAACGCCACCGACCCCCGAGUGGUGGUCAGCGGGGGGGGGCUGACCCCGGUGGGGGGGGCCCUGACCCCGGUGGGGGGGGCCCUGACCCCGGUGGGGGGCAGGGUGGCCCUUUCCUGCCCGCCGGGAUUCUCCCUGAAGGGCCCGGCGCUCGCCGACAUCUCCUCGGCCUCCUGCGUGGCGGCGGGGUGUGAUAAGCCCCGCCCCCUCCUCCACGGCCUGAUGGAGGGAGACCGCUUCGGCUUUGGAGACGCCGUCCGGUUCUCCUGCCUGCCCGGAUUCCUGCUGAAGGGAGACUCCACCCAGACCUGCCAGGAAGACAAAACCUGGAGUGGCACGCGGCCGGUGUGCGUCGAGGCCGGAGGCUGCCAGGCCCCCCCCCUGCUGAUGCACGGGAGCGUGCACGAGCACAGCCUGAGUACGGGCCGCGCCCUGGAGUUCCAUCAUAUGAAACUGGAUCCAAACGUCUAA